AUGCCCAGGACGCUGGACCAGUUGGUACACGUUGCGCACGACCUCUACGUCUCUAAAUUACUCUCUAGAGUUGCCGUGACCCUCGUCGUAUACGACUGGUUGCUCGUCUUAGGAGAUGAAUACGACACCAUCUACCUGUCGAAAUGGACCCUCGCCAAAGGCCUGCUGCUAUACAUAUGUCUGAUUCAUCAAAUCACCUUUUUGUUGCUGAGUUCGAUUAAAGAUUCGCAUAGCAAGCCCACCAACGCUAAUUCUGACCGCCUUCAGUCAGUACCCUCGCGGGUCAAUCAAGCCUAA